AUGAUGGCCGAUAGUGGUGACCGGGUCGAGGACCACGUCGAGGCCUUCGACAGCCAGGAGUCACAGGCAACAAAGCAGGACAAGCCGCAGCAAGCGUCCGGAGGGGAUCCAAUCCACAACGAUGAGGCUCAUCUCGAUCCCAGCCGGUGGUGGUUCGCCAGCUCCGCUUUUCCACUCAUCGCUGGGACACUCGGGCCUGUCGCCAAUGCCUUCAGCAUAUGCGCGCUGGUCCGACCCUGGAGGCAGAAGUUUCCUCCGGGGUCUGACCUCGACAAGGCUCAGUUUGUCACAGAUCCCAUCUGGCUCACCGUCAUAAAUGCGAUUCAAGUGGCCAUGGCCGUCAUAGCGAAUCUGGUUCUUCUACUCAAUAUGGCCAGGAAGAUAAGGUUCUCAGUAGCACAGCCAAUUACUAUAGUCACCUGGUAUAUAUCCUCCAUCUGUCUUGUGGCACUCAACGCAACAGCCGCUGGUCCACUUGUAGAACAGCCUGAAGAUAUAUACAUCUGGUCGCAGGCUUUUUACUAUGGCAUCUAUGCUGCCUGCCUCUACUUCGUCUGCUCCUCGCUCAUGGUGGUGACCUUUUGGGGAGCGAUGAAGGGCCAUUACUCCAAAGACUUUCAGUUGACGAAUAGCCAGCGCACACUUAUGCUACAAACAAUCAUGUUUCUCAUGUACCUCCUCGUCGGCGCCCUUGUCUUCUCCACGAUCGAAGGCUGGCCGUAUCUAGAUGCUGUAUAUUGGGCCGACGUUACACUCUUUACUGUCGGAUUUGGUGACUUUUCAGCAGCAACUCCCCUCGGCCGCGCUCUUCUCUUUCCCUAUGCCCUAAUUGGCGUCAUCAGCCUCGGUCUGGUCGUCGGCUCCAUCCGGUCCCUUGUGCUAGAGCGUGGCCAGCGCCAAUUGAGCGCAAGAUUAAUGGAGAAGAAGCGCAAAAGAACACUAAGGCGGAUGGUGCGACGUGGCAAAGAUGAUAUACUCAUCCCCGUCACAGAAGAAGGAGACGACGACGACCCGGAGAGGAGCACCACCAGCCUUUCCGAGUACCAGCGCCGGAAGAGAGAGUUUGAACUGAUGAGGAAGAUACAGAUGCGAGCAGAGCACCGAAGGCGAUGGAUGGCCAUGGGGAUCUCGACAACCGUAUGGCUCCUACUCUGGCUCGUCGGUGCUGCAAUCUUCCAGCAAUCUGAGCUUCGAUACCAAGGGUGGACCUACUUUGACGGUUUCUACUUUGCAUUCGUCAGUCUGACCACCAUUGGAUAUGGUGAUGUCACUCCAAUCUCGCCCGCCGGGAAGUCGUUCUUUGUCAUCUGGUCCUUGCUAGCAUUGCCUACCAUGACCGUGCUCAUUUCCAACGCGGGCGACACCGUUGUCAAAUUCGUUCGGGAGGCAACAGACAAGCUGGGAACCGUUACAAUUCUACCAGACGAGAAAGGGUUCAAAAAGGCCUUGAAGGAGAUGAUAGGGCCAUUAUCCUUGGGUCAAGUCUUUGGUGACGACAGCGAUGUUGAGGAAAGCCCACCGGGAGGUCUCGGCUUCGCAGAAGAGCAUGACGGUGAGACUGAUGAGGAAGAAGGCACCAGCGACAAGUCUACGCGGUCGUUAGACAGGCGAGCCGAGAACGUCACUGACACCGGCACACGGAAAGAUCCGGUCAGUGAUGAUGGAACACAGACACUUUCCGACGGCAAAGAAGGUAGAGACACGGGUGAAAAGCAAGGCCCGCUUACGGCGGGUGGCUCCCCCACUGAGGACACGGAUCAACCCAAGUACGACAUGCGCCGUGCAUCCACGACACCAGUCCCUGCUCCCACCAGCAAGGGCCACCUAAGCUUCAAGGAGCCGCCAGGCCGUCCAUCGUCGUCCAAGAACGGCAGCUCCGGCUUAGAGCGCUCUGUGAAUUUGAACAGCAAGAGGGAUCAGAAUGACAUCAGGUCACAAACCCUCAAGAUGAGCCGCGCAGUGUCCAUGCCGCGGACAUCAGCCGAGAUCCCCCGAGACGUACCUAUGGACCCCCACGACUACCACCUGCUGCUGAUUGACGAAAUCAGCCGAGUGACGCAGCACCUCAAGUCCAAGCCCCCACGCAAGUACGACUUCCACGAGUGGGCCUGGUACCUGAAGCUCAUCGGCGAGGACGAGAGCAGCGCGGACACGCACAAGAAGGCAGUUCCGAGGAGCAAGAGGAAGGGCAAGGACCAGGGCCAGGGAGCCGAGGGCGGCGCAAGAGAUGAGCCCGAGAAGUUGCAGUGGAGUUGGGUUGGCAGCCGAAGCCCACUUAUGGGGAGCCAGGAGGAGGCCGAGUGGAUCUUGGAGAAGCUGGAGCAGAAGUUGGCGGGGGAGUUGAGGGCUGCCAGGGAUGCUGCCAGGGAGAAGGCUUUCGACGGGCGACGAUGGCCCCAUGGGCUGUGA